AUGAUUAUUUUCUCUCUCUCUCUCUCUCUCUCUCUCUCUCUCUCUCUCUCUCUCUCUCUCUCUCUCUCUAAAAAUAAUAAUCAAUUGAUCUCCCAAGAUAUCACGAUUCUCUGUAUCCCUGUGACUGUUCGUGUCGAUAUAUUUUUUCUCUCGGCGGAUAGGUAUACACUAACAGUGAAUUUUCAACUGCUUCGUGACUCCAAGUUUUUGUUUGAUGAAAAACUCCGGAUAUCAACAAUUGAUGCCCUCAAUAAGAAAUUUGCCAAUAAAGUUGUCCAUAAUGUUGGUUUGUGCAUUGCGUUAUGGGAUCUUAUCGAGAUCAAAGACAGUUAUUUGUUUCCUGGGGAUGGUGCUUCUCACACAGUUGUUCAUUUCCGUUAUGUUGUCUUUCGACCACACAUGGACGAAAUACUUGUUGGUAGGAUUAAAGGAAGCAGCAAAGAUGGAGUCCAAGUGUCUCUCGGAUUUUUUGAUGACAUUUUGAUUCCAAGUGAUGCACUUCAAUACCCUUCCAGAUUUGAUGAGCAAGAACAAUUGUGGGUUUGGCUGUAUGAAAAUGAAGAUGAAAAACAUGACCUUUUUAUGGAUAUUGGAGAAGAGAUCAGGUUUCGAAUUGUAGAUGAAACAUUUGUUGACACAACUCCCACGGGACCUGAUGGUGGUUCUGAAGAAAGUGAUGUUUCCGACGUAGAAGCUAAAAAAGUGCCUUACACAUUGAUUGGAUCCAUUAGUGAACCUGGACUUGGUUUGCAAUCAUGGUGGAACUCCUGA